AUCAAGUGGUGUAAUCAUUUCCUAUAUGAAAUCUAACCCAAAAUUGAGUUAGCUCAAUGUUAGUCACUGAAAGUGGUUAACUUCAAAUAUAUAGCUAAGAGUUAGAAGUCCAUCACAUGGAAACAGGAGUAAGAAGCCAUGAAAGCAACUCAUCCUCUUUCAAUUGAAAGUUUUUCAUAUAGUUGGUUAUUGAAUUUCAAACCAUCAUUAGAUCAAAGCCUUGAAAAAGCUUCUUCCUUUAGAAUUUGUAUUGAUGCUUCUGAUGAAUUAGGUUCUUCUUUCAUUGAAAUGGAUCCAAGAUUGCCAUCUUCUAGAAGAUUCUUUAUAACCUCACAAGAUUUCAAAUUUGACUUUCCAAUUUCACAACAAUCUUCUCUCAAUACUCUUGUUCAUGCUGAUCAACUCUUUUCCAAUGGUUACUUAAUGCCACUUUCUGAUGAUUCAUCAAAUUCAAAUUCAAAUUCAAACUUAACUUCUUCCAUAUCACAUGUACCCAAAAAAGUGGUUCCAAUAGAAAAUUCAAGAAGCCCUUCAUUGAAAAGGUGUAGAACACUAUCAAGGAGAAUGUUUCAAAAGUACUUGAAUUUUUUGAAACCUUUCUGUAGAAAAUUAAGGGGUCAAAAACCAGGAUCGUCAAAGCAUGAAAAUGGCAUGAAAAGAACUCAAUCAGUGAAGAAUUAUAGAGGAAAUUACUGUGAAUCAUCUCCAAGAAUUAGCGUUGCUUGUUCCACGGACUAUUCGCGCAUGUCAUGUGAUUCUGAUAGUUCAAUCUAUGAAGUUGUUCUUCAUUGCAAAAGAUCUAUUGUUUGAUGCAGGAUAAAGGUAAAGCCACGCUGUCAUGAAGACCCGAAGAUCCUGAAGUUUCGUAUUUUCACUGUGAUGUGUGAUCUUUUGUAGUAUUAUGCAUAGACAUAUAUUGUAUUUCAUGUACUACAUCUUGUAUUAUUUUUUAUCGUACAUGCAAGAUGUCAUUUAGACAUUUAUGUCUGUAUUCAAUACCAUUUUAUUACUUCAAUUAAUAUUAUUCUAGACAUGUGUUAUAAUGGGGUGUUACAGAUACCACAUGAAAAACUAUCAUGUGUUGGUGAUUUUAGUAUCAUCAAUGUAUUUUUAGUAGUAAUGUGAUUUACUAUAGGCCGAUGCAAUUAUGCGUUAAAGCUUGGAAACGAGUUAGGGAUAGUGCGGAGUGCACGCUCGUCGAGUCAACGUAUAAUUGAAUGCGAAUAAUUGAAACGGGGUUCCAACGUUCGAAAUUUUCUUUUGAAUUUCGAAUCCUUUCCCAACCGACGUAACCGUUUCUGAACAGUUGCGUCUUUUCGGUUUCUGUUAUUGAUCUCCUAUAUAAGGAGUCAUUUGGCCUCAGUUUGAAAAGACAUAACGAAACAAAAACUUUCUCUCUACAUUCCUGAACAUUUCUCUUUGCCAGAAACAAAUUGUUCUUCAAGAAUUAUCCCCACAAAGAUUUCGUGAACCCAGGCAAGAAUAGGGUCGAAAUACUUUGUUCGGAAAGUGUACGAACACGAUUCUUCGAAGUUAUCCAGGAUUAUCAUACCCAAUUUUCUAACAAACGAACAAAGUAUUAUCUGAUAAUCAUGGCUGGAGGAAGCACCGUCAAGGAGAUGACUACAAACUUCGGAAAAUUGGACAAGUUUCAAGGAUAAGACUUCAGGCGUUGGCAGAAGAAGAUGCAUUUCAUGUUGACAACGUUGAAGGUGGUGCACGUCCUGUCUACACUGAUUCCAGAACUUCUGGAGGAAGACACGGUUGAAAAUCUGAGACGCAUAUCAAAAUGGGAGAACGACGACUACAUAUGCAGAGGGCACAUUCUUAACGGUAUGUCUGAUCCCUUAUUUGAUAUUUAUCAAAACAUAGAAUCUGCAAAGGAAUUGUGGGAUUGUCUCGAAUCCAAGUACAUGGCAGAGGACUCAUCCAGUAAAAAGUUCCUGGUAACCGAUUUCAACAAUUACAAAAUGGUUGAAUCGAGGUCUGUCAUGGAACAAUUCAAUGAACUCCUCCGAAUCCUUGGACAGUUCACACAACACGGAUUGAAGAUGGAUGAAACAAUAUCUGUCUCAAGCAUCAUAGACAAGUUGCCUCCUUCGUGGAAGGAUUUCAAACACAAUCUGAAGCAUGGAAAAGACGAAUUGUCUUUGAUCCAACUUGGAAGUCACUUGCGCAUAGAAGAAUCUCUAAGAGCGCAGGAGCAUGACAAAGGAAAAGGCAAAGAAAUUGUUGGACCCUCGGUUAAUAUGGUCGAAGAGGGUGGUAAGAACGGUAACAACAAAAACAAAGGAAAGAAGCGUGCUUUCAAGAACAAUAAGGGCAGCUUCGGUGCUAACAAGAAACCGAAACUAGAAUGCUGGAAGUGUGGCAAAACAGGCCACUUCAAGAAGGAUUGUCAUUCCGGCAAAAAGCAUGAUAACGCGAAUGCAAGUGGUUCAGGAAAGGGGUCUAAGGACCAAUCCGAAAACCAAGGUCAGAAAUCAAUUCGUGAUUUGAAUAGUUUGAUUAAACAUUCGGUUUCACUAAAUUCUGAAGCAUUCUAUGUGCAGGAUGAUGUUAUCGCGUGGUGGAUUGAUUUUGGCGCUACAACACAUGUUUGCAAGGAUCGUUUCUGGUUCAAGACUCUUGUUCCAGUGGAAGAUGGUUCUGUCCUCUACAUGGGAGAUGAUCACUUCGCUCCCGUUGAAGGCAAAGGAAACGUGGUGCUAGAAUUCAGUUCUGAAAAGACUAUUACUUUGUUUAAUGUUUUGUAUGUUCCUAAACUACGUAAGAAUUUAAUUUCUGGUCCUGUAUUAAAUAAGCUUGGAUACAAGCAAGUGUGUGAAUCCGAUAAAUAUGUUUUAUCAAAGUCUGGUGUGUUUGUAGGAUUUGGAUAUUAUAAUAAUGGUAUGUUUAUGAUGAAA